AAGAGUUCAGGACUUGCGCGGGGUUGUUGCAAGGCACCACAGUGCGAUAGCACACGUUUAAGGUUGCCAGUCCGGUGUCGCCAAGCGGUUAACCAAAAUGUUCAAAGCGUUUACAUUCACGAUCGCUUUUCUCGUUCCGUUUAAUCAUUUAAAAUUACGAAGGUGUUUACUCGUCGAAUUAAUUUUUAUUCAUACAUAUGACAUAGGAACAAAAGAUUAAUUGAUAUUUGAUUUUAAAAUGUUUGAGACAACAAUCUACAGUCUACCAACAUUAAUACAGACAAAUAAAACUAUUGAUAGUAGAAGGAAACGUCAAAAGAACAAUGAAUAAAGUCUACAUCGCGAGUCACUAAAGAGAGAUUUAUAAGAAUUGAAAAAAAUGGAUGAAAUUAAUUACAAAAUUGUAUGCAAUGAAUCGCUGGAUGAAUAUAUAAAUCUAAAGAGUAAUAAUUCGAUAGCAAUAGAUAGAUGCAAUGAUUAUAGUAACUAUACUAAUCACACGGAUUUGUAUCUAGAAACUACAUUUCUAUAUGAUGUACCCGUAAGCAUAAUUGUCCUUCUAUCAAUGUUUUAUGGCACGAUUUCUGUCAUGGCAGUGGUUGGAAAUGCUUUAGUAAUAUGGAUUGUGACGUCCAGUAAACGGAUGCAUAACGUAACCAACUUGUACAUAGCAAACUUGGCAUUAGCCGAUAUCGUUAUCGGUCUAUUUUCAAUACCAUUUCAAUUCCAGGCUGCUCUGUUGCAACGAUGGAAUUUACCUGCUAUAAUGUGUCCAUUUUGUCCGUUCGUACAAGUACUUUCAGUUAACGUGAGCAUUUUUACCCUUACCGCAAUUGCAGUUGACCGGCACAGAGCUAUCCUCAGUCCGCUCAGCGCAAUACCGUCGAAAUUCCGAGCAAAAAUGUCAAUAGCCACCAUUUGGGUGAUAGCUUUUGUGCUAGCGACGCCAAUGGCUAUUGCUCUCAGGGUGCAAUUUAUCGAAUACGGAGAUAGAGACGGCCGGAAGUUAGUUAAACCGUUUUGCUACAACGUCCGGCUUCCAGAGCGCUCUAUGCUGUUCUACAGAAUAACACUUCUAUUUGUCCAGUACCUAGUUCCCGUUGUCAUUAUUACUGUUGUAUAUAUGCGAAUGGCGUUACGAUUGUGGGGCUCACAUGCACCAGGCAAUGCACAGGACAGUAGAGACGCAAAUUUAAUGCGGAACAAAAAAAAAGUGAUAAAGAUGCUAGUUAUUGUGGUUGGAUUGUUCGUUUUAUGUUGGUUACCAUUACAAACGUAUAACGUACUUCAAGAUAUAUUUCCAUCAAUAAAUCAAUUUCGCUAUAUAAACAUUGUGUUCUUUUGUUGUGACUGGCUUGCAAUGAGCAACAGCUGUUACAACCCAUUUAUCUAUGGAAUAUAUAACGAAAAAUUCAAACGCGAGUUCCGCAUCAAAUUGAGACACUUCCGACGGUUUCGUGGCAAAUCAAACUCGAAUCAUGGUAGGUUUGCGUCGAUGCGGUCCACCACGCUGUCCGAGUGGAAAAGAGGAUAUUCAACACGGUGUACGGAUCGAACGACGGCGAACGGCGUGUGCGCGGAUAGCCCGCCGCCGAGAAGGGACGAGCUGGAAAUGUUCGUGUGCAAAUCGGGCAAGAUCACGUUGAUAAAGUGUGGCAGUCGUUCGGACCUUGAAGAGCUGUGCCUGUAAAAAAAAAUAAAUCGCGUCUUUGCCGGAGACAAAUUGUAUGUAUCGGUAACGUGUUACAAUGAUUUGUGAUUAUUACAUACUAUAUAGUGUUAUACUGUGUUUAUAUAUAGUAAUAAUAAUAAUAAUAUUAUAAUGACCCCUCGAAAAACGUGAUGAAGAUCGCACCGAGCUGAAUUCAGUGGUGUACGUCAUAGGACAACAAUAAUAAUAUUGGGUAUUUAGUUUUAAUAAUGAUGCCACCGUGUUUGUUCUUAUAGUUUGCAAGAGCAAAAUAACACUCAUUUGCCCAGCAACAUAAUACCAUGAUAUAUUAUUAUUAUUACCAUAUAUAGUUACACCGUUCUACGUAAUAUUUAAUUACAAAAUAUAACAUUGUAUAAUAACUCUGUUAAUAAUAGAAACGAAUAAUAACGCGUUUAACAUUGUUGGAAAGUUUUUAUUGUAUAUUAUAAUAAUAAACAAUAUACAGGAUUAAUUUCCAAACACAAACAUUUCCAUUUUUUUUUUUUUUUUUUUUUUAAUAAUAUGUAAUAAAUUCACAACAAAAAUUAAUAAAACAUAAUAUGUAAUAUUAGAUUUAGUAUUAAUUAUACUCGGAUAUUUUUACUUAUUAUAAAACAUUGAAUACUGGUAGAUUAAUACCAAAUACUAAACUGAAAACUUGAUAAUUUGAAAAAACAUCAUAGCCCCCAUAUUUCUUACAACUAAAAAUUACUUGUUAGGAUUUCGAUUUAGAUACAGAAAAAGUAUAUCUAAAUAAAUAAUUACAGAAAAUAGGAUAAUUCUCAUUAAAAAUAAAUAUAUUAGUUCGCCAAAGAACUUUUUUAAAUUGAUAUAAAAAAUGUAGUUAAAAGUUUUUAAGAAUCAGAAAUCCAAAAAAUAAAAUAAUGGGAGUGUAGAGUGUUUGGUGAAUAGCCCUGUAUACAGUAUGUAUAUACUAUUAUAUAUUAUCAUAUAAUGUUAUAAAUGUUAUAAUAUUUCCUACUGUCCAUAAUAUUCAUUGUAUACCAUUUAAAUACGUAUAGUUUAAAUGACUAAAUAUAUUAAGUUAACUGCUUGAAUAAAAUUAUUUGUAAGAGUUAAAUAAAUAAAAUAUUAUAAUACGA